CUAAUUUUAUCUCUGAUGACCCAACCUCCUCCCGAUACACUCACCAAAAUACACGGAAAAAGCCUCUCCCAAUCCAUCCACUCAAAACCAUUCCUUCUUCAUAAUCUUUUCGAUAAUCUUUUAUCCUCCUCUUCCCUCCUUCACAUCAUCCUAAUCCUUCUCCUUCUGCCCACAGGAGAGCGCCCGUUCGAGUGCACGUGGGCGUCCUGCAGAAAGAGGUUCGCCCGCAGUGACGAGCUGGCACGGCACACCAGGACCCACACCGGAGAAAAGAACUUUGUGUGCCCCGUCUGCCAGAAGAGGUUUAUGCGCUCAGAUCACUUAAGCAAACACGCCCGCAGGCACCCGGAUUUCGACCCGACCCUCCUGCGGCAGCGGCGCCACGCAGCCCCGAGCCCCCUCACCUGCCCGUCCUCUUCCGCCGUCUCGGACAUGGAGGAACCCAGCUCCCCUUGAGGUCUGCCGCACUUAGGAAGCAAGUCCCAAGUAGUCGCCGUCGCCGCCGCCGCCGUCUCUGUGCCACACGCGGCUUCGUCUGCCGUGCAGUACAAAGUGCUGUGUCCUCCCGCAGCGCCACACAUGUAGCCUGACCAUAAUGAUGAGGUGUUGGAGCAAGCGGGUGUUGCCGUGGUGCAAAUAGAGGACCAAAAAAAGAGAAUGGAAAAGAUGGAAAAAAAUGCAUAUGAAAAAGCAAUUGUUAAUAGUCUCUUGUUUCUCUCUUUCUCUCGUUCUCGUGGUGUGACGCUCAACCAAUCCACCCACUCAAAUGUUUGUAAAUACUUUUUUUUUAUUAUUGUAUCUCUCUCGCGGAAGUUAAAUAGGCUCUACCCACUCAGGUCUGUGAGGCAUACCACACACAAAAUAUCUUAUUGCUCAGAAUUACGUAUUCAAGUGCAACACAGUGUAGCAGUCAUCAGAGUUGUGUCAUCUGUGCAUCUGCUCUCAGCUGCUCAAAAAAGAAAAAGAAAAAAAAAACAGAUGUGAUGUAUAUAUAUUUUACAUGAGACAGUUACUUGAUGCUCUUUUGAUAUAUGCAUACAUAUACAUAUAUAUAUAUAAUGUAUUUUUAAUUGUGUUCCAUGACUUUUGGGAGUGUAUCACACGUGUUGUAAAUUGUAUACAUAUCGUAUCAGUAGGUUCAAACUGUAAUGAUAUUCACACAUUUAUAUGUAUACCCAUUAUACCUACAUAUUCCCCGUGUACAAGUGUGUGAUCCUUCACUUCCAUGUAUAUAAACAUUGGGAGUACUUGCAGCUACCAGGAAAAUGUUUGUACUAUCUCCCCGUGCUCAUACUAUUGGUCUUCGUAAAAUACAGGGUUUCGGUCGAUGAUCAGAAGAGUCUUCAAUCUUGCUACAAACUAGAAAUUUUUGUAAAAAAUAUCUAGUGAAAUACUAUUAACCAUUUUUCUCUAGGCCUGAACUAUUUUUGAAUGCAGAAAAUACUAAUAAGUUUGUGUAAAUACAAUAAGUAUUUGCUGGCUAUCUCAAAUGUUUGAAUUCCCAAAUCAUUUCUGGAUAUCCCAGUUAAUGUUCGUGAGGCAUAAAAGAUAAACAGUAUGCAGAUAUGGGUGAAUUAUUUGUUACAGAAUGAAAAGUUAUUUUUCUAUUUGAAAAGACAAUAUUGCCAACCCCCCCUCAAAAAAAAACAAAAAAAACACAGAAUAGGAAGGAGACACCAGUGUUUUGCCUCAUACUUGACAUUAACCAGGGUAUGUUGUAAAUGGCAGGUUGUAGUACUUUUACCUGGUGCUAUUAAGUGCCUUAGAUGGUUGGAGCACCAAUGUUCCCACACUCAACACUACCCCACACAGGUCUAGUGAUUCCUCUCCCCCUC